AUGAGGCACCUUGUUGGCCUCGUGUUCCUUUGCGUUCUGUUCAGCUCCGUGCGCUUUCAUGGUGGAAUACAGAUUGUCAACACUCUCAACCUCGCCGACUACGGGAGCCGGUGGAUAUCCGUUUCAGUGUUUGGCGCUGUGUACUCGUUCCUCAGCGAACGUAUUCUAUGGUGGGGCAGCGCGGACAGCAGCGGACUUGGCAUUUACGGAGCUAGGAUACCGCCGCAGUACGCUCCGAACUUGGCCGUGAUCGUGGGCUUUGGCCUCAACACCCAGACGGGCCAGAAUGUCGCCGAACUGUACACAUACUCCAACGUCACCAGCACCGUCAGCUUCGCAGUGUUCACUUUGAACACAGGCCAGUGGACCACGCCCAAUCAGGUCUCCGUUCCCGUCAGGGACUACCAAUACCUCGUCCCCGACACCGACAAUUUGAACACUCGCCGCAGCCUGUUCCUCAUCUCUCUCAAUCACAUCGUUUACAUUGAUAUUCCAACGUUCACCAUCGUUGCAGAGCUGGACCUGAGCCAGCAGUUCGUGAAUCAGUACCCAGUGACUCUUAUUGCUGGCGCCACCUACUACAAGGGCAAUUUGUUCAUCGCCAGAACGGCAUCGUUGAAUGGUAAGAAUCUGGCACAAAUUGUGGACGUUCAUGUGGAGAACGACUUCAACUUUCACUCGCUGUCGUUCAGCCACGUGGUGUACCUGGACUCCGAUUGCGAUAACAUGUUUGGCUGGGGCAACUACCUGUUCUGGCCACAGUUGCGCAAUAGCAACGGAACACUCUACGGCUGGAGCCUGCAGGAUAGGAAUCUCAUUUUCGCGUCUGUGGGCCUCGGCCCGGGCACCAUCUGGGGCAAAGCUGUCGGCGCCAACCAAAUCACAAGCAUCCAAACGAUCGACAUGAACGGACAAGACGACCCGCAAUUGUCGGUGCUGCUGGCCGGGCACAACGCCACCGGGUUCGGCAAGAUCACCUGGCUCCGCUACACGAGCUAG